ACUAGUUUCAGUUAUAAGGAAGAGAAACUCACACAGUCACUGACACUGAGAGGAGAAAUGGCACAGAAAGGAGUUCAGCUGGACCAAGAAGCCUUCUCGUGUUCCAUCUGUUUGGAUCUACUGAAGGAUCCGGUGACUACAGCCUGUGGACACAGCUACUGCAUGAACUGCAUUAAAUCCCACUUUGAUGAAGAGGACAGGAAGAGAAUCCACAGCUGCCCUCAGUGUAGGAAGACUUUCAUACCGAGGCCUGUCCUGGAGAAAAACAUCAUGUUAGCAAAUUUAGUGGAGCAGCUGAAGAAGACUGGACUCCAAGCUGCUCCAGCUGAUCACUGCUAUGCUGGACCUAAAGAUGUGGAUGAACAUAAAGGCCAUGAAACAGUCCCAGCUGCAGCAGAAAGGACUGAGAAGCAGAAGGAACUCGAGGUGAGACGACUAAACAUCCAGCAGAGAAUCCAGGAGCGAAAGAAAGAUGUGAAGCUGCUUCAACAGGAGGUGGAGGCCAUCAAUGGCUCUGCUGAUAAAGCAGUGGAGGACAGUGAGAAGAUGUUCACUGAGCUGAUCCUUCUCAUCCAGAAAAGAAGCUCUGAUGUGAAGCAGCAGGUCAGAUCCCAGCAGGAAACUGAAGUGAGUCGAGUCAAAGAGCUUCAGGAGAAGCUGGAGCAGGAGAUCGCUGAGCUGAAGAGGAAAGACGGCGAGCUGGAGCAGCUCUCACACACAGAGGAUCACAACCAGUUUCUACACAACUACCCCUCACUGUCAGCACUCAGUGAGUCUACACACUCAUCCAGCAUCAAUAUUCGUCCUCUGAGCUACUUUGAGGAUGUGACAGCAGCUGUGUCAGAGACCAGAGAUAUACUACAGGACAUUCUGAGAGAGGAAUGGACAAACAUCUCACUGACAGUCACUGCAGAGGAUGUUUUACUGUCACAACCAGAGCCAAAGACCAGAGCUGAAUUCUUUAAAUAUUCACAUGAAAUCACACUGGAUCCAAACACAGCAAACACACAUGUGUUAUUAUCUGAGGGGAACAGAAAAGCAAAAUUUAUGAAACAACAACAGUCAUAUUUUGAUCAUCCAGACAGAUUUACUGGAUGGCGUCAGGUCCUGAGUAGAGAGAGUCUGACUGGACGUUGUUAUUGUGAGGUGGAGUGGAGAGGGGGCACUGUUUGUGUAGCAGUCACAUACAAGAAUAUCAGCAGAGCAGGGAGGGGAAAUGAAUGUGGAUUUGGAUACAAUGACAAAUCUUGGGCAUUAUAUUGUUACACAAACAGUUAUAAAUUUUUGCACAACAAUGUUAACACUGACCUCUCAGGUCCUCGGUCCUCCAGAGUAGGAGUGUACCUGGAUCACAGAGCAGGUAUUCUGUCUUUCUACAGCGUCUCUGAAACCAUGACUCUCCUCCACAGAGUCCAGACCACAUUCACUCAGCCGCUCUAUGCUGGACUUUAUAUUUGGGGAAACGGAGCCACUGCAGAGUUGAUUAAAGUCAAAUAG